AUUUGGCAGAUAUUAAAAAGCCUCUGCAAAAUGUAGGUUCACAAAGAAGGGUAAUAAGAUCGUUAAAGAGAUAUCCACAUGAUGGUCAAAUAAGUAGUUGUACUUCCGAGAACCUAUCAGGAAUGUAUGUGUAUUUAGUGGGGUUUGUUGGACAAAGAGGACAGAGGUAUUGCCGUUGCUCGAGUAUAGGAUAUACAAAAGAGGGAAAUUGUGUAAUUUCCUCAAUGACUUGGUAUUGUUCGCGUAUUGUUGUCAUUGAGUUGGUUAUCAUAGGUAGUAAAAAGGAAAGAUGUUCC